GGCGAGGAGAUGGCGGCGGCCUGGAGCGGCGGCUGCUGCUGCUGAGGGGCUGGAGCCGGGCGCGGAGCGGCCUGUGCGGGACCCGGAGCCAUGGAGGGCGGCGGAGGCAGCGCGGGGAAGCCGAGCCUGCAGCUCGUGUACCAGGCGGUGCAGGCGCUUUACCAUGACCCGGACCCGAGCGGCAAGGAGCGGGCGAGCUGCUGGCUGGGGGAGCUGCAGAGAUCGGUGGCCUUUUGGGAAGUUUUGGCAAUGCAUGAAGGUUCCAAAAUGAGCUGCACAGAGGUUCAUGCAUGGGAGAUCUCAGACCAGUUGCUACAGAUCCGGCAGGAUGUAGAGUCAUGCUACUUUGCAGCACAGACCAUGAAAAUGAAGAUUCAAACCUCAUUCUAUGAACUCCCCACAGAUUCGCAUGCUUCGUUGCGGGACUCUUUACUGUCCCACAUCCAGAACUUGAAAGACCUGUCACCCGUCAUUGUAACUCAGCUUGCAUUAGCAAUAGCAGAUCUCGCCCUACAAAUGGCUUCUUGGAAGGGCUGUGUACAGACACUAGUGGAAAAGUACAGUAACGAUGUGACAUCACUGCCCUUUCUGCUGGAGAUCCUCACGGUGCUGCCAGAGGAGGUUAAUAGCCGAUCUUUGCGCAUUGGUGCCAACCGCCGGACCGAAAUCAUUGAAGAUCUGGCUUAUUACUCCAGUACAGUGAUCUCCCUUCUGAUGACCUGUGUGGAGAAAGCAGGCAACGAUGAGAAGAUGCUCAUGAAAAUUUUCCGCUGCCUGGGGAGCUGGUUCAACCUGGGAGUUCUGGAUAGUAACUUCAUGGCCAACAGCAAGUUACUGUCCCUCCUCUUCGAGGUGCUGCGACAAGACAAGACGUCUUCAAACCUGCAUGAGGCAGCCUCUGACUGCGUGUGCUCAGCUCUCUACGCCAUUGAAAACGUGGAGACCAACCUGCCCCUCGCACUGCAGCUCUUCCAGGGAGUCUUGACGCUGGAGGCCGCCUAUCACAUGGCUGUGGCCCGGGAGGAUUUAGACAAGGUUCUCAAUUACUGCCGCGUCUUCACUGAACUCUGCGAGACGUUUCUGGAUAAAAUUGUUUGUACGCCAGGCCAUGGGCUGGGGGACCUGCGCACGCUGGAGUUGUUGCUGAUCUGUGCAGGCCAUCCACAGUAUGAGGUGGUAGAAAUUUCCUUUAACUUCUGGUACAGACUGGGGGAGCAUCUGUACAAAACGGACGAUGCAGUCAUCCACAGCAUCUUCAAAGCCUACAUCCAGAGGCUUCUGCAUGCUCUGGCCAGACACUGUCAGCUUGACCCAGACCAUGAGGGUGUCCCGGAGGAGACAGACGACUUCGGGGAGUUCCGGAUGAGGGUCUCGGACCUGGUGAAGGACUUGAUCUUCCUGGUUGGAUCGGUGGAAUGUUUUGCCCAGCUUUAUGCCACCUUGAAGGACGGGAACCCUCCCUGGGAGGUGACGGAAGCUGUUCUCUUCAUCAUGGCCUCUAUAGCCAAGAGUGUUGACCAGGAGAACAACCCGACGCUGGUGGAGGUGCUGGAGGGGGUGGUGCGCCUCCCCGAGUCAGUGCACACUGCUGUCCGCUACACCAGCAUUGAGCUGGUGGGAGAAAUGAGCGAAGUCGUGGACAGAAACCCUCAGUUCCUGGAUCCUGUGCUGGGUUAUUUGAUGAAAGGUCUCUGUGAGAAGUCACUGGCCUCAGUUGCUGCCAAAGCUAUUCACAAUAUCUGCUCAGUAUGCCGGGACCACAUGGCUCAGCACUUUAAUGGCCUGCUGGAGAUUGCCCGUUCCCUUGACUCCUUCAUGCUGUCUCCAGAGGCAGCUGUGGGACUUCUUAAAGGGACAGCAUUGGUUCUUGCCCGGCUACCCUUGGAAAAGAUAGCAGAGUGCCUCAGCGAGUUGUGUGCCGUUCAGGUGAUGGCACUGAAAAAGCUGCUGUCUCAGGAGCCGAGCAAUGGCCUGUCUUCUGACCCCACGGUGCCCCUAGAUCGACUGGCUGUCAUAUUUAGGCAUACCAACCCCAUUGUAGAAAAUGGCCAGACCCAUCCGUGCCAAAAAGUCAUACAGGAAAUCUGGCCGGUCCUGUCGGAGACCCUGAACAAACAUCGUGCCGAUAACCGCAUCGUGGAACGCUGCUGCCGGUGCCUCCGCUUUGCUGUCCGCUGUGUAGGCAAAGGGUCUGCGGCCCUGCUGCAGCCACUGGUCACACAGAUGGUGAACGUGUACCAGGCGCAUCAACACUCCUGCUUCCUGUACCUCGGAAGCAUCCUGGUGGACGAGUACGGGAUGGAGGAAGGCUGCCGGCAGGGGCUGCUAGACAUGCUGCAGGCGCUGUGCUUGCCUACCUUCCAGCUCCUAGAGCAGCAGAAUGGCCUUCAGAACCACCCAGACACCGUGGACGACCUCUUCCGGCUAGCCACCAGGUUCAUCCAGCGCAGCCCAAUCACCUUGCUCCGCAGCCAGGUGAUCAUUCCCAUCCUGCAGUGGGCCAUCGCCUCCACUACCCUGGACCACCGGGACGCAAACUGCAGCGUCAUGAAAUUCCUGCGCGACCUCGUCCACACUGGGGUGGCCAAUGACCAUGAAGAGGACUUUGAAUUGCGGAAGGAGCUGAUCGGGCAAGUGAUGAACCAGCUGGGCCAGCAGCUCGUGAGCCAGCUGCUGCACACCUGCUGCUUCUGCCUGCCCCCCUACACCUUGCCUGACGUCGCCGAGGUGCUCUGGGAGAUCAUGCAGAUCGACAGGCCGACAUUUUGUCGCUGGCUAGAGAAUUCACUGAAGGGUUUACCAAAGGAAACAACCGGGGGAGCCAUCCAAGUAACGCACAAACAACUUACGGACUUUCACAAGGAGGUGACUAGUGCUGAGGAAUGUAAACAAGUGUGCUGGGCCCUGAGGGACUUCACCCGGUUGUUUCGAUAGCUCGCGCGCCCACUCUGUGCCUGUCUCCCAGGAAUGUCUUUUUAUUUAGAAGACAGGAAAUAAGCAAACCAAGAAUGUCCCACAAUCAGCAAACUUCAUUGUGGCCGAGGGCUUUCACUCACUCUCGUGUGCGCCGUCAAACCCGAAGAGACGCUUCCCGCCGGAACACGCCAGUGAAGUUACUGUUUGUGAGAGAGGGCACCUCAACCCGACUAAAGAUGGCUGCAGCCGGACCUACGGCAUUGUAGGGGGAACGCUGCUUUCCCGGUGGACUC